AUGAGUAAACGACGACAGACGUUAUCUGACGACCUUGAGAAAGAUCCCAAGGUUUCCAAGAUGGUUCUCGAGCCCGUCAAGCAUGUUAGCUGGGAGGAUGCCCAAGGCUGCAUGGCCGCCUGCUACGAAUGGGCCCACAGCUACGACACCAAAGACUGGGAGAAGCUCCGCACGGUCAUCGCCCCAACCCUCCGCAUCGACUACCGCUCCUUCCUCAACAAGCUCUGGGAAGCCAUGCCAGCCGACGAAUUCGUAACCAUGGCCUCGGACAAGAACGUCCUCGGCGACCCCCUGCUCAUGACCCAACAUUUCAUCGGCGGUACGAAGUGGGAGAAGGUCAGCGACACCGAGAUCACGGGCUACCACCAACUCCGUGUCCCGCAUCAAAAGUACAAAGACGCCAGCCGAAAGGAGGUCCUGGUCAAGGGACAUGCGCACAGCUAUAACACGCAUUGGUACAAGAAGGUCGAUGGUGUGUGGAAGUUCGCUGGCUUGGAUCCGGAUAUCAGGUGGGGCGAGUAUGACUUCGACAAGGUGUUUGAGAGCGGUCGUGAUGAGUUGGGUGAGAGCACUGCGGAGCAGGCUUUGGGCAUUCCACCGAACCCCCACUCGAAGUAG